GGUGGUGUAAAAGGUCCACAAUCGUCCCUGCAAGGACAGGCAGUUGCGGUGUUAGGCGCGAACGGGUCUGUGCGCGACGUCGAAGAGUCGUCCGCCCCACUUCCGCGCCGUCCACCACGCCUCCACGAUUGCCGCGCCCCCCAGCUUUUCCCCGCCGUGCCUGACCUCGUUCCACUGAUUCGGCUAGCAGGAAACGCACAUAGUGCACGCAGCUCGCAAGCACAGCCGAAGAAUUCUCUGUCAGUCCAUGGUGCCUGCGCCAGCGCUUCGGUAGCGGGGUUGUGACGGCCUGCUGGAGCCCAUAGCCCGUCGACGGCUUGACUGACGCAGGCUCAGAGCUUCCGUAGCUGCACGACACUCACCACACUGAUCCCGACGCUCAGCCAUGUCGGCCGCCAUUGACAAUGAAGAUCUGGAGGAGCUCGCCAUCUCCAUGCCUGCCCCGCGGCGAACCUCGACCCGGCCGCCCGACACGCCCACGCCGGUAGCGGCGACGACAGCUGCGCACGAGACCAAGAUCAAGGCCGAUUCGAAGACGAGCCAGCGCCUCGGCCAGUAUACCAUUGUCAAGACCCUCGGCGAGGGCUCCUUCGGCAAGGUCAAGCUGGCCACCCAUCAGGUCAGCGGCCAGAAGGUCGCGCUGAAGAUCAUCAACCGGAAGAGACUGGUGACGAGGGAUAUGGCCGGCCGCAUCGAGCGCGAGAUCCAGUAUCUGCAGCUGUUGCGCCAUCCGCACAUCAUCAAGCUAUACACCGUCAUUACUACACCCACCGAAAUCAUCAUGGUCCUGGAGUAUGCCGGCGGAGAGCUGUUCGAUUACAUAGUGAAUAACGGACGCCUACCCGAGGCCCAGGCCCGCAAGUUCUUCCAGCAGAUAGUGUGUGCUGUCGAAUACUGCCACCGGCACAAGAUUGUGCAUCGAGAUCUGAAGCCCGAGAAUCUUCUGCUCGACGAGCACUACAACGUCAAGAUUGCCGAUUUUGGCCUGAGCAAUAUCAUGACAGACGGAAACUUUUUGAAGACGAGUUGCGGAAGCCCCAACUAUGCCGCGCCCGAAGUCAUCUCUGGCAAGCUCUAUGCGGGGCCGGAGGUUGAUGUCUGGAGCUGCGGUGUCAUCCUCUACGUUUUGCUUGUGGGUCGGCUGCCAUUCGACGACGAGUAUAUCCCAACACUGUUCAAGAAGAUCGCCGCCGGAAAUUACAGCAUCCCGAGCUACCUGUCGCCAGGCGCAGUGAAUCUAAUCAAGAAGAUGCUUAUGGUAAAUCCCGUCCACCGCAUCACAGUGGCCGAGAUUCGCCAAGAUCCGUGGUUCACCAAAGACCUUCCAGCAUAUCUCUCACUGCCGCCAGAGGACUUUUACGAUACUGGCGUUGAUCCGAACAAGGCCAUUGAUCCGAGAAGUCUGGCUCCGUCGCAGCCUGAGGUCGUUGUGCAGAAGCUCCACGAGACGGUUGUCGGCAAGCUGGGGAAGACGAUGGGUUACGCGAAGCACGAUGUUCAAGAGGCGCUGGCCCGCGAUGAGCCGAGCGCCAUCAAGGAUGCCUACUUAAUUGUUCGCGAGAACCAGAUGAUGAAGGAAAAUCCGUUGGUCGCUGGAGACAGGAGCCUUCAGCCUUUCCUUGCCCAGUCGCCUCCCAGCCAACAGGAUUACAUGCAUUCAAUUCCGCAAGCCAUGAGCAGCACUAGACCGCAGGUCAUACCACCCCCGGCUGACUCUGAACGUCCCCGGCAAGGGUCCACUUCAAGCAGCCAGAUUACGAGUAUCCGUUCCCCGGUCAGUACCAUUGCGGUGUUGCCAAGCAGUCUCCCAGAAUAUCACAAGGCAUAUAUGAAAGGCCAUCCGAAACCGCCUACAUACCCACUAGACAUACCUACCGCACCACAUCCUUUGCAAUCGGAAGAAGAGCGAGCUGCGCAAGCCCGGCGUCUACGACCCAAUUUCAGAGCUGUUCCUGAUAACAACAGGCCACGCCCUGAGCCUAUGACGGCGCUGCCCUCGAAGAAGCCGAAGCCCGUGAAAUGGCAGUUUGGCAUACGGUCUCGAAACCAACCUGCCGAGGCUAUGCUGGCUAUCUUCAAAGCUCUUAAGGCGAUGGGCGCGGACUGGGAGGUACCCCAAACCAGGAAACCCGGUGGUAGCAGCCAGUCCCGCAGCCGAAGUGGCUCACGGCAUUCUGGCUCUCACUCAAGACAGAAUUCCCAUAGCCGCUCACGUGGAUCUUCUAUAUCGUCAUCGUCGCAGGAUGAGUACGAGAUGUCGGAUCGCGAGCAAGACCCGGAUGUAUCCCCCGGUCGGCGAAAUCUCAGGGUUCACAAUGAAGAGCAAUCAAGGGGACGACAGAGGAAGCACUACAGUGUUGCCAAUGACUGGGGAUACGGUAUCCCCGAAGACCCCUGGGUCAUCAAUGCGCGCUUCCGCAAGGACGGCAUGUACCCGCCUGGUGUUGUGCACCCUUCCUCGACGCAUUCUUCACGGGUAGAUCUGCAGCAGGAUCCCGCGGCGCUUCGCCGCCGCUCCUCAACAAACACGUCACAUUCGUCACUCAACCAUGUCGAUGGCAUCACCUCACUACCAGACGCCAGCGGCUCCCAAGCCGGCGAUUCAGUUGCUGGGAGCACACGCCACUCCGGCCCCGAUGAGGCAGUCUUCAUCUACAUGUCGAUCCAGCUCUAUAGCAUAGAGCGUGAUUUCUUCGUCGUAGAUUUCAAGUGCGCAGGCUAUGAACGUCUCGUGUCCAAUCUCGUGCACGAGAUCAAGGGCAACGCAUCCGUGCUUUCACUAUCCCAACUAGCGAACAACACAGCGGGUCACGACGACGGCUGGGAUGAUGAGAAGGGUGUGUGGCGACAGCUAAACGACGGUGCGCUGACGGAGGAAGUAGCGCGCGAGGUGCGGGAGCAGGGCGGUGUUUUGAGAGAGAGGGUCAUCGAGAAGGGCGCGGGACGCAAGGAGGGUGAGAAGCGGUGCACGAGUCCGUUCCCGUUCUUGGAUGUCGCCAGCACGCUUAUCCUACAGCUCUCCGGGGAGUAGCCAGCGUAUCGUCAGUGCGAGGUACGACUACGAUGCGUUUUAUAGAUCCUAUAGAGUGAGCGUAGUGAAACUAAUUCCAACAU